CGCGGAUGGAUUUGUGGAUGGAAGUUUGUGUGCAAAGAAUCCCGCACAGAUGAGUUCUUCUCGAGUCCAAAGUUGCGUCUAGUACUUCGCGUAAACAUGCGAUUCGUGUCUUGCGUUUUGGCGCUCGGUGCGGUUUUCUCAACAUCUUUGACGCACGGAGCGGAAUUUGACGGUAUAGAGAUUGCAAAGUUAGCGGAUUUUCGGAGGGAUGAGAGUGCACGAAGUUUGGGGGCAAAACAAUCGUCAGAAAUUCGUCAAAAGUGGGAACGAAGGAGACGAGUAACGGGGUUGAAUGAUGAGACCUGCACGAGUUUGGAUGGAGCCGACUCCGUUCUGCAAAAUAACACGCAUACCUUCACAUUCAAAGUGAGGACCAUGGGCUCCCUGUCGUUAGCCUGGGUUGGAGAUGGAUCAGGGGUGCUGCUGGUGCUGACCACAUUCCACGUCCCUUUGUUUAUGCUGCGCUUGGGACAGUCCAACCUCUACAGAAGUGAAGAUUAUGGAAAAACAUUUGAAGAUGUCACUCACCUCAUCAACCACACUUUUAUACAGACUGAGUUUGGCAUCGCUAUCAGCCCUGACCACUCCGGCAAAGUGAUUCUGACCGGUGAUGUGUCAGACUUGGGGGGUUUCAAACUGUUUCGGUCACAUGACUUUGGUUUAAUCUUUGAACCCAUUGACUUGCCCUUCGAGCCCCUCAUUCAGAUGCUCUUUAACCCUGCGGACUGCGAUGUGCUCCUGACCCUCAGCAUCACGUUGGACCUCUGGCUGUCUGAGGACUUUGGAGCCACCUGGAGGAAGAUCCAUGACAGUGUUUGCUUGGUGCGAUGGGGUCCAAACAACAACCUUUUCUUCACUACAAACUAUAAUGGAUCGUGCAACGACAAAGGGAUGCUGGAGCUCAGGAGGUCGUCUGAUUACGGCAGAAGUUUCAAAACCAUCGCCACUAGAGUUUACUCUUUUGUUUUGGGCGGACGCUUCGUAUUUGCAUCGAUAAUGACUGGUUCGGGCACAGAGCGGAUGAUCCAUGUGUCUGUGGACGGAGGAGAUCUGUGGAACUCUGCUCAGUUGCCCACAGUGAACCACGAGCAGUUCUACUCCAUCCUCUCAGCCAAUCAGGAGCUGGUAUUCAUGCACGUGGACGACCCUGGAGACUCUGGAGUGGGAACCGUUUAUGUAUCUGACGAUAGAGGGACGGUGUUCUCAAAGUCUCUAGAGCGCCACCUUUACACCACCACUGGAAGUGACACAGACUUCACUGUGGUGUCUUCACUGAGGGGAGUCUACAUGACCAGCAUCCUCACUGAAGAUGGAGCGGUGGAGACGGUGAUCACGUUCGACCAGGGAGCAACGUGGCGACCCUUAAAGAGCCCAGAGAACUGUGACUCUGAAACAUCUGCUAACAGACCACACAGGUGCAGGCUCCAUAUCCACUCCACCUACAGCACCAGCCUGAAGCUCAAUGUGCCCAUGUUACCGCUGUCUCAGGCCAAUGCAGUCGGACUCAUCAUUGCACACGGCAGUAUUGGAGAAGGGGAGUCCAUUUUGUCUCCUGAUAUUUACAUAUCUGAUGAUGGAGGAUAUUCCUGGUUCUUUGCUCUAAAGGGACCUCAUCAUUACGCCAUCCUGGACUCUGGAGGGCUCAUAGUCGCCGUGGAACACACCAACUCUCCCGUCAACCAGAUCAAAUACUCCGUGGACGAGGGUCAGUGCUGGCGCUACUUUAACUUCACGUCGGAGCCAUUUCACUUCAGCGGUCUGGACUCUGAACCCGGCUCCAGGUCCAUGAACCUGAGUUUGUGGGGUUACAGGAACGACUACAGUCGUUGGGUUGUCAUCACCAUCGACCUGCGCAAGGUGCUCAGCAGAGACUGUGCAGAGGAGGACUUUGUGCCGUGGCUGUCUCACUCCGACCCCUCCGGACCCUCAGAGCGAUGUGUUCUGGGGUUUAAAGAGACUUUUCUGCGUCUGAGGAAAGGAGCUGUUUGUUAUAAAGGCAAAGACUACGAGACUGAGACCGAAAUCGCCCCCUGCCCCUGCACACCCAAUGACUAUCACUGUGACUUUGGUUAUUACCGAACAGAGAACAGCUCAGAGUGUGUGGAACAGGAGGAGCUGAAGGGACGACCGCUCGAGUUCUGUUUGAACGGAACCACAGAACAGCUGCAGACCAGCGGCUACCGAAAGAUUCCUGGGGACCGUUGUGUUGGAGGGUUCCAGCCAGACAGGAAGGAGACAGACCUGAGGAGGAAGUGCAUCAGUGAUGGCCUGCAGCCAAAUGCUCUGCCUGUUUCCAGUUCCACCAACACAGCCCUCAUCGUUCUGGUUGUCAUUGCGAUUCUUCUGUCCAGCGCCGUCACUGGAGUUUGGCUCGUCAAAAAGUACAUCUGUGGAGGAAGGUUCCUUGUGCACAGAUAUUCGGUGAUGCGGGACAAUGUUGAAGCUAAUAAAAUCGAGGGAGUGGAUGACGUGGACACAAACUACAUGGAGACGGGGAAAGCGCAGUACAAUGAAGACUCAGAUCAGGACCUGUUAGCGUAGUGCGGCUAAGGGACGCUAACUCCAGUCUACAUCUCCUGCGAACAUUAACAUCUGCUUUUGCUGUUCCUUUGAAGAAGAAUGGACUGAACGUUACUGUAUAAAGAUGAGGAAGAGGAGGGGAAGGGGGGCGGGGGGAAAUGAAUGGAAGUGAAUGGAAAGAUUGAGGAGAAUGGAAAGAAAAAGAGAAAAAGGAGUAGAAAGGAGAGAACAGGAGCUUCCAGGAUGAGCAGCGAGAAUGGUACAGAGGAAGGAGGGGCUUGAGGACGGGCCAGAGGAAUACUUUGGAGAUCUUUUUGUUUUUUAUGUCACAAACAGCUGAAUAUCGCGGCAGAGAACGAUGACAAUAGUUGUGUUUUCAUCACCUUAUUUUGAAUGCGCAUUUUGAAGAUUUGCAUAAUCAACGGGAGAUGGAAAUGUCAAAUAUCGCAGAACCCUUAAUUUGCAGAAAAAGUUUAUUCCCUUGCUUCAGGUGGAUUUUUUAUUUUGACUUAUGAGUACUGUUAAAACACUUUUUGUAAGGUGGAAACGCAUUUAGCAGCAACACACAAACAAAGCUACGGAAGUCAAUAUUUCAAGCCAUUACUUAACAUCAGACAGUCGAUGAUAGAAUUAUUGUGAAGAACUUUUGUGUAUUUUCAUCCAGAUUUCAGUGUUGUUGUUUUUUUACAUUAUGGAUAUAUUUUUAUCUUUUUACACAAAGCAAUUCUUAUAUUUUUGGGCAUUUUCCUGGAGUUACGUCUGAAUUUUAACUCGCGUCCUGAUAUGAAUUUCAUCUCAACAUUUCUAGAAAUUGUUUUUUGUCAUUAAAGAUGCACUAUGUAACUUUUCUGGCAGAGGAUCCACUACUUAAUUGCCUCCUUAAUGAUGUUAUUGCUUUGCCUCCCUGAAUAGUUCCACAGUAUGACAUUAAACGUAUCCAUCUUGUUUUUCCAGGUAUUUAUUGGCUAUAAAAAACCAAUCUGAAUAAACAAAGGAGGCUCUGGUUAAUAUCAUACUGUGGAACAUUUCAGGCAGAGCAACAUCUCCCUGGAGAGAAGCAAGCAGUGACUCUCUUCACUGGAAAAGUUACAUAGUGCACCUUUGUUUUAUUAACAUUUUUAUGUAUGAAUUUUAGGUUAAAAAAAAAAUCGACUUUUUAGGAAACUGGAAAUGUGAUCCUCGUUCAUUUUGAGCCUUCCACGUGUGAAGAAUACAGUAUUUUUUUCAGCACAGCUCCAGACAUUAGGUCCCGUCCCUGCUCCUUUUUGAGUGUGUGAACUUGAAAGACUUGAAUUUUUGCCAAAGCACUUUUAAUGUUUCUGAUUUUCGCGGUGAGGAAGAGAAAUGAAACUUAAACUCAGUCCAGUUUCACCGUAGUGUUACACCUUUACUUGAACUUUCUGCUUUUAACAAGGCCCAGUGUAGACUAUAGUUGUGAUAGCAUCAUUUUAACUUCUACAUAAUCAAUUAUUACAAUCAUAUCCUUUUUACGGCUCUUGAAUACACAUUUGAAUGUUUUCAAUUUAACACCCAGGUCAUAGCAUUUUUAAAACAUAACAUUGUAAAUACUGUAAUUGUAUUAAUACCAAAUUAUGUGCAAUAUUCAAUUUAGAAAGUGUUGUAACCUUCAGGAUGUACAAUGCUGUACCUGAAAAGUCCUAAAAACUCACUUUAGAAGCAUUAGAAGUUAUUGUGUAUCUAAUAAUGUGGCCAAACUCAACUGAUCGACCUAUGAAAUGUAUUAUAAAGCCUUACUAUACUGAUUGGUCAGAAACAACUUGAGGGCACAGUUGAGUUGACGAAAGGA